UGGACGAAAAUGAAUGAAACACAGAACGUCAAUAUCGCUACUUUGUGAUUGUCAUUGAGAAUCCGAGACCGAUUUAUAGCUGCGAUGGGGCUGGAGCCUCUCGAGUUUGCAGAAUGUUUAACAGACAGUCCAUUCUUCCGUGAAAAAUUGCAUGAUCAUGAGAAGGAAUUGGAGCGCACGAGUAAAGCCAUCAAGCUGCUGAUAAAUGAUGGGAAUAACCUUUUGCAUGUCGCCAAAAAUCUUGGCCUUGCCCAGCGAAAGUUUGCCACAAAGCUGAUUGACUUUAAGUUUGAGUGUAUUGGCGAGAAGACUACAGAAGAUGAAGACAGGAUAGCUGGUGCUCUCAAGGAGUUCGGCAGGCUGAUCCUCCGUGUAGAAGAUGAGAGAGACCGAAUGAUUUCCAAUGCUGCCGACCAGUUUCAAAGACUAGAAAAGUUCCGGAAGGAACAGCUUGGUUCUGUCAAGGACGAGAAAAAAUCUUUUGACAAACAGACAGUCAAGAUUUGUCAGUCGAUGGAGCGGUAUCUAAAUUUAAAGACAAAGGUCAAUGACAACAUGCUACAGGAGGCUGAUGCCCAGCUAGAGAUGGAAUGUCGAGGGUUCCGGGAGGCCUCCAUGAAAUAUGUUCUCAAGGUUCAGGAAGUACAGGAGAGGAAGAAGUUUGACUUUGUAGAGAUGAUUCUGGCAUUCAUGUACAGCUUGUUUACAUUUUAUCAUGAAGGGUUUGAAGCAAAGACGGAGUUAAAUGAUUACUCCUCACAUCUACAGAAGAUCCUUCAGAAGACUAGGGAAAGUUUUGAGAUGACUCGAGAGCAGACUGAAAAACUGAUGUUAAAAACUUUAGACAAUAGGGGGACGGCUGCUGAGAUGUUGAAGCCUGUGAAUCAGACCGGGGCCAGUAAGGGAUGUACGCGAGAGGGAUAUCUAUACCUUAUGGAGAAAAAAGCCCUGGGUGUGUCCUGGAUAAAACACUACUGCUGGUAUAAGAAGGAAAACAAAGAAUUCCACAUGAUGCCGUACAACCAGGUAGCUGGUAAACUGAUCCAGCCAACAACUGAAAAACUCAUACUGAAGUCUUGUGUGCGGCGGCCAUCACAGUCAAUAGACAAACGCUUCUGCUUUGACCUUACUGUGAUACUUCCAGACAGCAGACAAGACCAGAUCACUUUCCAGUCACCAUCAGACCAGGACAGAAAAUUAUGGAUGGAUGUAAUGGACGGCAAGGAACCGGUUUAUAAUGCCCCGAAGAGUAAUACAGAUGAUUCAUCCCUGGAUGAGAUAGGAUUUGGUUUUAUAGAGAGGUGUAUCAAGUGUGUUGAAGAACGAGGCCUGUAUGACCAAGGUCUAUAUCGUGUUGUGGGUGUCAGCUCCAAGGUCAGCAAACUAAUAAGUCUAGGUCUGGAUCCCAAGAAAAAGGAUAAGAUUAAUAUAGAUGACCCUGCCCAGUUUGAAAUCAAGACUGUAACGAGUGCUGUGAAACACUACCUUAGGUCGUUACCAGAACCACUGAUGACAUUCAAAUUUCACUCCGAUUUUAUAGCUGCUGCCAAACAAGAAUCGAAGACCCUUCGUAUACACGACGUUCAUACUCUAGUUCACAAGCUGCCGAAACCUAAUUUUGAAAUGUUGGAGUUGUUGAUAAGACACUUGAGAAAUGUCUCAGAGCAUUGUGAUAAGAACCUGAUGACAGUUGCUAAUCUUGGUGUGUGCUACGGUCCCACGCUGAUGAGGUCAGAGGAGGAAUCCGUAGCUGCUAUCAUGGACAUCAAGUUCCUCAACAUUGUGGUGGAAAUACUCAUAUUACACUAUGAAAAAAUUUUUAUGACAGCACCAGAGGGAGCUGACAUCAGUGAGAUUCACGUCGUGCCGUCUUCCACUGCCAUGCUGACGGAGAGGCGUGAGCCGAGCAGCAAGUUUGUGCCUCUCAAUGAUCACAUGAUGAUGGCUAGUCCUGGUAUGGCACAUGUGUCACACGCCCCACAACCCAUAUAUGCAAAUAAAGCGCCUCGUGCCCCACCCCAAAGUUACCAAACUGCAAAAACUAAGCUACGUGGAGUGGAGGUGUACAACCCACAAACAGGAGGUUUUGAAAUGGCUACAGGGAGUAGUACUAGUGGAAGUUCUGAGUCACUCAACUCGAGUCAUUCCAACCACGUCUCCAAGAAUACCUCUUCUCCUCCAGUUAACAGCCACCGUAAGGGGCCUGCUCCUCAGGUCCCUGGACCCACCUACAGCAAUGUCAACGCUCUAGCCAACAGAUUCAAUUUACACAUGACAGGAUCGGACGUGCCCACGUUCGGAAGCAUCAAGAAAAGAGGUUCCAAUGACUCCUCGUAUUCCACUUCCAUGACCUCCUCAGUUCCGAGUAUGACUGGCAGUCUGACAGGGUCUCUUGGAGGCUCCAGCAACUUCACAAAACCAAAGAAAAGAACGGUUCGGACCCUAUACCACUGUGAUGCUGAGAAUGACUCAGAACUGUCAUUCGAACCCAACAUGAUUAUUACUAAUGUGCGGCCUUCCAAGGAACCAGGCUGGUUGGAGGAUCUGGACAACAAGACUGGCCUCAUUCCAGAAAAUUAUGUUGAGUAUGUGGACUGACACAGGUAAAGCACUGGCCACAAGCAUUUCAGAGAGCAAGAUAAGGAAAGACAAGCAUUUAAAUGACCAGGAUCAAUGCAGGAGCUUUCUACUUAUAUCAAAUGCACAAUGUCAGUGCU